AUGUGCCCCUGCCAGAACGGCGCCUCCCAGCCUGCAGACAACUCCGAGAUGGUCCAGGUCCCUCUGAACGGCUCGACGUCCGCGCACUCCGUCCCGUCCACCGCGAACGGCGCGAACGGGCACCCCACCGCCAACGGCUCUGCGAAUGGCACCGCGAACGGCCGCCCCACACGCCCCUUGAACCCCUACGCGCCGCGCGCGUCCGACUUCCUGAGCAACGUCUCGAAUUUCAAGAUCAUCGAGUCCACACUGCGCGAGGGCGAGCAGUUCGCGAACGCGUUCUUCGACACCAAGACCAAGAUUGCGAUCGCGAAGGCGCUUGAUGCGUUUGGGGUCGAGUACAUCGAGCUCACCAGUCCCGCCGCGUCCGAGCAGUCGAGGAGGGAUUGCGAGGAGAUCUGCAAGCUCGGCCUCAAGGCUAAGAUCCUCACCCACAUCCGGUGCCAUAUGGACGAUGCCCGGAUAGCAGUCGAGACUGGUGUCGAUGGUGUCGAUGUUGUCAUCGGUACCUCAUCUUUCCUCCGCGAGUUCUCGCACGGGAAGGACAUGGCCUACAUCACCAAGACCGCUAUCGAAGUCAUCAACUAUGUCAAGAGCAAGGGUAUCGAGGUCCGCUUCUCGUCGGAAGACUCCUUCCGGUCCGACCUCGUCGACCUCCUCUCCAUCUACCAGACCGUCGACCGUAUCGGCGUCAACCGCGUCGGUAUCGCCGACACCGUCGGCUGCGCUAACCCGCGCCAGGUCUACGACCUCGUCCGCACCCUCCGUGGUGUCGUCUCAUGUGACAUCGAGGUCCACCUGCACAACGACACUGGUAUGGCUAUCGCGAACGCAUACUGUGCGCUCGAGGCUGGCGCGACGCACAUCGACACCUCCGUCCUCGGUAUUGGCGAGCGCGUCGGGAUCACCCCCUUGGGUGGCCUCGUCGCGUGCCUGUACGCGGCUAACCCCGAGUAUGUCAAGAGCAAGUACAACCUGCCGAUGCUCCGCGAGAUCGAGAACUUGGUCGCGGAGGCGGUCGAGGUGAACGUGCCGUUCAUGAACCCCAUCACCGGCUACUGCGCGUUCACGCACAAGGCGGGCAUCCACGCCAAGGCGAUCCUGAACAACCCGUCGACGUACGAGAUCCUGAAGCCCGAGGACUUUGGCCUCACGCGUUACGUCUCGAUCGGGCACCGGCUGACGGGCUGGAACGCGGUCAAGAGCCGCGUGGAGCAGCUUGGGCUGAAGCUGACCGACGAGGAGGUCAAGGACGUCACGGCGAAGAUCAAGGAGCUCGCGGACGUGCGCACGCAGUCGAUGGACGACGUGGACACGCUCCUCCGCGUGUACCACUCUGGCAUCCAGUCCGGCGAGCUCGCGGUCGGGCAGAAGGAGGCGCUCGACAGGCUGCUCCAGAAGCACCGCGAGGAGAGCCGUUCUGCUGUUGCUGCGAGCGCAUGA